AUGAUAAACAUUCGUGAGCUCUCCCAGGAAGGUCACCCACAUGAGGACGAGGUGACCAUCGCUGAAGUGAAUGGGUGCCUUGUCCAUUUGGGUGAGGUUCAAGAUGAAAGACUGACCGUGUAUACACUUGCCGAGGGCGUAUUAUAUCCUGCUUUAAAAUUACCCUUCGACUUCGCCUUCCAUGAGCUUCAUUCAUCAGGUCCGCAGUUGACUCCUCGGCGGUCGCUUCGUCGCGAUCCUGUCACAGAAAUCGUAGAACAACACAUAGUUCAAACCGUUGUCGGUCCAGCUGUAUGGUUAAGGACAGCGAUCAGUGAUACCGUACAGAAUCUAAAGGAGGCGGCAUUUGGCGCUUUACCAACUGCUCUAGUAACACUAAUAUCUGCAACCAACGUCAAUGACUUUCUUACGAGGUUACAGAUGGAAAACAGUAGAUAUCCUUCCAGAUUGCUCACAUGGCAUUCAUAUAAAUCUGUCAUCGCUUUUGUCCAUCGGUUGGGCGCUGUGUUCUUGUAUGAUCUUCGUAGCGAAAAUUGGUUUCCGGAGGUAUUAGAGAAUGAUUUACAAAAGGAUAUAACGUGUAUAGAGUGGAAACCAUUGGGUGGAAACAUCUUGGCGGUUGGAUGUCGGCAAUCAGACGAAGACGGAAUUGCUGCACCGUUGUCAGCGUGGAUGCAUUAUCUUAACUAUCCAGGGCAUGACAACAUUGUUACGCUUGCAUGGCAUCCGAAAGGAAGAUAUCCUUUGGGAAUUGCUUCUUUGAGUGGUUAUUGUAUAUUAUGGGAAACAAACGAAUGGAUACGGGUAAUCUUUCGGAGCCCAGCUGAGGGUUAUGUAAAGACUGCAUGUUGGUUAAACAAUAGCCGAGCACUGUUUAUGGCAUGCUCGAAUGAUACGAAAGUAUACACAUUGGUCAUAGAUCCAAGUCUGCAUAGAGAAUGGCGACCAGUCGAUGAUGUUGAGAUUCGAGAGGACUACAUGACCAUUGGUCCAGAAGAUCUCGGUGACGAAAUUCGUCAUAUGGUUAUAGAUCCGAGUAGUAAGCGUCUCGUUGUCAAUUGUGAGGACAAGAGAUGUCUAGUUGUAUAUCAAGUAAAAGCUCCGACGGAAGUUCCAUCUGGAUCAAGUUUGUUAACUCGUCUUGGAUACAUACGCGGUCCAUAUGGAAGCCAGCCCGAGCUAUCACUGGAAGACGUCCCCGAAGAGAAACAGUCUCCUACAUCAGUUACAAUGGCUUUCGCAAAGCAAUUUGUUAGAGGUGCUUUGCUAUGUCUGGUCUGGGCUGACGGGAAGGUGUCAUUCAUACCUUUCAUGUUUGGACCAAAGAAAUAA